AUGAGCACCCGCGUGGCGAUGCACCGAGCUGGCAGCUCCAUGUUCUCUGCCAUAGACAAGGUGCGGUUCUCCAUCGCUCCCCAGCUCCUUGCCAAGAUCCCACGCCCUAGGCCUCUCCGUAUCUGUGCAGUCCCCGGUCGGAACCUCUUCCCUGCGAGGUGCCUCAGCACCUCCUCCGCCGUCCCCAACAACUAUCAGUGGUCUCCUCAGGCGCCCCCUACUCCCUCUCCUGACAGCAGGGGAGUCCAGGCAAACCAGGCCUCCGAUCAGUGGAGUCAUCCUGGCCAGCGACCCCCGAGCGCCGGGCAGUGGAACCCGCCGCCUCCGAACCAGUGGAACCAACCUCCCCCUAUCCCUAACCAGUGGAACCAGCCGCCUCCAAAUCCUAAUCAGUGGGGGCCGCCGCGUAACGCUAAUCCACCUCAGGAUCCUCGCCAGUGGAAUCACCCAAAUCAAAAUCCCAGCCAAUGGAGCAACCAGGCUCCAGUUGCCGGCCAGCGAGAUUUUCAAAAUGACGGCCCUAGCCAGCGGGGAUCUCAGAACCGACACCAGAACCCAAACCAGUGGGUAACGCCGAGCCAGAGAGCACCUGUUGACAACCGAGCUUCCCCGGACAAUAAAAACCCCAGUGCCCCUCCUCCAGGCCCCGUGGAUCUUGCGGCUCUUGGACGCGAGGGGAAGGUAAACGAGGCUGUCAAGCUCUUGGAGCAGGGCGUCACUGCCGAUGCUGCAACAUUCCGUGCGCUCAUCAGGUGCUGCUCAAACUCGAAGUUGCUUGAUGAUCUCAAGAAAAUCAAGGAAUUCUUCGUUCGCUCGCCAUUCCGUGCCGAUGUUGAGACUAAUAACUUCUUUUUGGAGAGGUUCUCUUUCCUGGGGACCAUGACCGAUGCUCGCCAGCUGUUUGAGAGAAUGCCUCAGCGUGAUAUGAACUCGUGGCAUCUGAUGAUUGGUGGGUACGCAUCAAACGGUCUGGGGGACGAUGGAUUACAGAUGUUUGAGCAGAUGAGGAAGGCGGGGAUACAGCCUGAUGCCAGAACAUUCGUUCUAGUUUUAUCUGCUUGCGCCAAUGCAGAUGCCAUUGAAGAAGGAUUCAUACAUUUCGAUUCUAUGCAUAAGGAAUACGGGAUCGAACCAAAUACCGAGCAUUAUGUCGGAUUGAUUGAAUUGCUUGGUUGUGCGGGGCAGUUGAAUGAAGCGGUGGAGUUUGCUGAGCGUCUACCAUUUGCACCUACGGCUGAAAUAUGGGAGUCACUGAUGAAGCUUGCCAGAAUGCAAGGAGACGUUGACCUUGAAGACCGCAUGGAGGAGCUUCUUGUCUUGACUGAUCCUUCUAAGGCAGUGCCCUCCAAGAUUCCAACACCUCCUCCAAAGAAGCGCUAUGAUUAUCACAUGCUUGAGGGAAAGAACAAGGUCCUGGAGUACCGUUUGCCUCCCCCGAAGGUUGAGUCCAAGCCGGUGAAGGAGCAAGUUUAUGUGCCAGACACGAGAUAUGUGCUCCAUGAUAUCGAUCAAGAAGCUAAAGAGCAGGCUCUACUCUACCACAGUGAGCGUCUGGCAAUUGCUUAUGGUCUGAUCAGCACACCCGCGAGAACACCUCUCAGGAUCAUCAAGAACUUGCGUAUUUGUGGUGACUGCCACAAUGCUAUUAAGAUCAUGUCUAGGAUUGUUGGGAGGGAGCUCAUUGUAAGGGAUAACAAACGAUUUCACCAUUUCAAGGAUGGGAAAUGUUCCUGUGGGGAUUACUGGUGA